AUGCCAUCCAGACUGAGGAAGACCCAGAAACUUCAGGGCCACACGAGCCAAGGCCACGGCUGCAUGGGCAAGCACAGGAAGUGUCUGGGAGGCCAAGGUAACGCUGGUAGCUUGCAUCAUCACAGGAUCGACUUUGACAAAUAUCGCCCAGGUCACUUUGGGAAAGUUGGUAGGAGGCAUGACCACUUAGAGAGGAGCCAGAGUUUCUGCCCCACUGUCAACCUGGAUGAACUGUGGACCUCAGUCCCUGAGCAGACACGGGUAAAUGCUGCCAAAAACAAGACCGGAGCCGCUCCCAUCAUUGAUGCGGUGCAAUCGGGCUACUACAAAGUUCUGGGGAAGGGAAAGCUCCCAAAGCAGCCUGUCGUUGUGAAGGCCACGUUCUUCAGCAGAAGAGCUGAGAAGAUCAAGAGUGUUGGAGGUGGACCUGGGCUCUGGGAGCUUGAAGCCACACGGAGGGAAGUUCAUUUAAUGCUCACAAGUGUUCAACAGACACCUGCAGGCAGUGGCCCUUGUGAAAACACCAUUGUGGAUGCUGAGGGGACUAGCGCCCGGGGCCAUGACACUGACCUUCACCCCCAGGGCCUGACCCAGCAGCAUGUAGAACAAUCUCAUAGUUGCUCAUGA